AUGGUCACAUCUACGUGCCUGCAGUUCUCGUCGCUCAAGUGUUUAAUUGGUGUAAGCCUUUGCUUUACGCUUCAUUCAGCUGUUAGUCACGUCAACGACCGUGGCCAAGUCGGCCCUGGACCCCAACAUCUCCCGACGCAUAACACGUCCGCACUUUUAAAUGAUUCUUUCCCGCUACAUGAUGUAGCGCAAAAGUCCGAGCUUGACAUUGAUGCCGGCGUUGAGGAUGCUAGGGGAUUGCUUCCUGAUAGCAUUAUUUCUACUGCUCGCAACAGACUGGAUACGUUUCUUGACACGUUUCGGCCCGAACUAUCGGUUCUUAGAACACCGCUUCUUUCGAAUGGUAUUGAACACGGCCAUUCCAGCGUAGAACACGAUGGGAAUGCACUUAGAAGUGAUCUUUCCAGUGGCGUCAAGGACGUUAUUGUUUACGAGAGAGACGAUGGCAUAGCAUCGGCGGUCAAUAAAAUUGGUCGCUCGGAAAAAGAAGUUGAUGAUAAAGCCAAAAAGCGGAUGUUCGAUCUUUUAGAGGUCGAAGUGCGGAGUAAGAAACAAGACAGUGAAUUGCUUUCCAUUAUUCAACGGGGUCAAAGUUCAGAGGAUGAAUCUGUAACGUCCUUUUACGACUUUGCGUUGCUUCACAUGCUUAAACACAAGAAUUCUGCUCAAGUCGUACACGAGAAAUGGGUCAAAGACGGAGUUAUUAUUAAAGAAAUCCGGAGAUUCUUACAGAAACAUGUACUAGAUACAGUUCCCUUCUUUAAGAGCAAUAUGGCAAGCUUGUUGCUAUCGCACGUCGGUUAUUGUUGGAAACAUAAAAGUGGUGAGCUCACCGUUGAGGAACUGCUCGAAUAUUUCGAACAGAUAAAAUUGAUGGAAGACGAUGUCGUUCGGAUGGCUCAGUUUUUGUCGCUUUCCAGUUUACUGCAAACAAAUUCUAAUACGGUUGUUCCUUAUUCAUCGAGCAAGCUAUUAACGCCUUGA